AUGCCCUGCCCGGCCUAGUAGCUUCCCCUCCUUUCUUCUCCCACCGCGCGCACCCCACCACGCCGAUCGAAAACCCAACCCCCAACCCCUCCCUCGCGCUCGCUCGCAGCAAGAUCCAAACGCGCGCGCGCGAGGCAGGCCGGUCAAUGCCAGCGCGAGCCGCAGCAGCAGCAGCAGCAGCCCGCAUCAUCCCUCCUCUCUGGCUGUGGCGCUGGAUUGGCUAGAUUAGAUGAAAUCGCCUCCUCCUCCCCGGCCGGGCCUGGCGCGCUCGUGUCGUCUCCGAGCCGGUCAAAAUUCGUUCUCGCAUACGCGACGCGAGAGGGCGCACACACGCAAACACGCGCGCGGCGCGGCGCGCGCAGGUAGGUAGAUAGAUAGAUGAGAUAGAUAGGCUCGUACCAUACCACGGCUUGGGAGAUAGAUCCCGUCCUCCUCUCUCUCUCCGACUCUCCCUGUCUCCUCUCCUCCUAUCUCUCUCUCGCUCGCUCGCUCGCUCUCCCGGCCCCCUCCCGCUGCGCGCCGCGCCGGCGGGACGACCGCAUCGCCAUCACAUCUCCACGCCGCGUGCGACGGAGGCACGCUGGAAAAGGGGACGGGAUCGAGGUGGACGCCGGAGGCAGAGGCGGAGCGGAGGGCGCCGCCGCUAGGGGGAGGUAGUAGUAUCUACUAGAUAUAUAUGGAGUUUGCUACAACGAGUAGUAGGUUUUCCAAGGAAGAGGAGGAGGAGGAGGAAGGGGAACAGGAGAUGGAGCAGGAGCAGGAUGAAGAGGAGGAGGAGGCGGAGGCCUCGCCCCGCGAGAUCCCCUUCAUGACGUCGGCGGCGGCGGCGGCCACCGCCUCAUCGUCCUCCCCGACAUCGGUCUCCCCUUCCGCCACCGCUUCCGCGGCGGCGUCCACGUCGGCGUCGGGCUCUCCCUUCCGGUCGAGCGACGGUGCGGGAGCGUCGGGGAGUGGCGGCGGCGGUGGCGGCGAGGACGUGGAGGUGAUCGAGAAGGAGCACAUGUUCGACAAGGUGGUGACGCCGAGCGACGUGGGGAAGCUGAACCGGCUGGUGAUCCCGAAGCAGCACGCCGAGAAGUACUUCCCGCUGGACUCGGCGGCGAACGAGAAGGGCCUUCUCCUCAGCUUCGAGGACCGAACCGGCAAGCUAUGGCGCUUCCGCUACUCCUACUGGAACAGCAGCCAGAGCUACGUCAUGACCAAGGGUUGGAGCCGCUUCGUCAAGGAGAAGCGCCUCGACGCCGGGGACACCGUCUCCUUCUGCCGCGGCGCCGCCGAGGCCACCCGCGACCGCCUCUUCAUCGACUGGAAGCGCCGCGCCGACGUCCGCGACCCGCACCGCUUCCAGCGCCUACCGCUCCCCAUGACCUCGCCCUACGGCCCGUGGGGCGGCGGCGCGGGCUUCUUCAUGCCGCCCGCGCCGCCCGCCACGCUCUACGAGCAUCACCGCUUUCGCCAGGGCUUCGACUUCCGCAACAUCAACCCCGCUGUGCCGGCGAGGCAGCUCGUCUUCUUCGGCUCCCCAGGGACGGGGAUUCAUCAGCACCCGCCCUUGCCACCGCCGCCGUCGCCACCUCCGCCUCCUCACCAACUCCACAUUACGGUGCACCACCCGAGCCCCGUAGUCACCGCCGGCCUGCCCAUGGUUGUCGACUCGGUGCCGCACGUCAACAACCCAGCGGCGGCAUCGAAGCGCGUCCGGCUGUUCGGAGUCAACCUCGAUAACCCACAUCCGGACGGCGGCCAGUCGUCGAGCGGCCACGACGCCAAUGCAUUGUCGCUACGGAUGCCCGGGUGGCAAAGGCCUGCACCAUUGAGGUCGCUGGAAUUGCCUCCACACAUGCCGGCUGGUGCAGCUGGAGCGGAGUCCUCUGCCGCGUCGUCGCCGUCGUCAUCGUCGUCAUCCAAGAGAGAGGCGCACUCCUCGUUGGAUCUCGAUCUGUGAAGGAGGGAUCAGGCCACCUCGAUCGAUCGGGAGCGUACCAAAGGAAAGUUCAAAAAAUCCAUCUUCCGUCUGCUGCCUUCUUCUACUUCUCCACCUUUUGCAAUUCUCCAUCAUAACUUUGAUCAUAGAGUUAGCAUAACUUUUGGUUUCCUUUUUUGUUUUUGGCCAUUCACAUUCUUAUGUUUGUUUGAGAAUAUAUAGAGAAAAAUUAGGCGAAUUAAUGAAUUAUUAAUGUUUUUAUUUGGGUUUAGAUA